CUCGGGUCAAUGUAUUCAGAUUUAUGAUAUAUAUUACUAUAGUGUUUCUGAAGCAUGAAUGAACAAGAUAGUAAUUUUCUCAUCAUUCUACCCUAGGUGGUCAGGGAGGACACACUUUCGUGCUGAGCAAGAGUUAUGGAAGCGCUGGGGGAUUUGGCCACGGAGGAAAACUUGGAUUUGGCAAGGGAGGUGGAUACGGUGGAUUUGGAAAUGGUUUCGGCGGAUUUGGCAAAGGUGGUCUAGGUGGACUUGGCUUCGGUGGUUUCGGGAAGUAGGACGUCACCUCGUCAGUACCAGGUCCAGGACCAUCUUCCUCACCAGGACCAGGUCCAGGACCAUCUUCCUCACCAGGACCAGGUCCAGGACCAUCUUCCUCACCAGGACCAGUCCAGGACCAUCUUCCUCACCAGGACCAGGUCCAGGACCAUCUUCCUCACCAGGACCAGGUCCAGGACCAUCUUCCUCACCAGGACCAGGUCCAGGACCAUCUUCCUCACCAGGACCAGGUCCAGGACCAUCUUCCUCACCAGGACCAGGUCCAGGACCAUCUUCCUCACCAGGACCAGGUCCAGGACCAUCUUCCUCACCAGGACCAGGUCCAGGACCAUCUUCCUCACCAGGACCAGGUCCAGGACCAUCUUCCUCACCAGGACCAGGUCCAGGACCAUCUUCCUCACCAGGACCAGGUCCAGGACCAUCUUCCUCACUCCUCACUUUUAUUGGAAUAAAAUAUUUAAAAAUGGAGUUUGAGGAGGCCUUGACCAAGAAGCCGCGUUGGAGGCCGUGGCUGGUGGAGGAGGAGGUGGUGGGCCCCAAGGAGGACUUAGUGGAGGUGGAUGUUGAGGAAAUACCGUGGACGACCCAACAAAAUUGGGUCCAACAUACCUUAUUUCAAGAAGAUAAUCCACGUAACCACAACCUUACCACCAGGACCCGUUGCUACACCGUAGAACGCCAACACCAGAAGGACGACUCUGUCCCUUUACGACAACCAUGCGAAUGA